CGAGUUUUAAUUGCCUGUUCUCCUCGUUCUGUGGCGCUGUGGGGUUAAUUUUCCCCUUGAAUCGAUAUUCGCUAAAAAAAGCUAUGGGUGGUGUGCUGUUCAAAAUCUGCUCCAUUGGGUUUCUUUAGAGGCCUGAAGCUAAUACAGCCUAGACACAUAUUCUGUCUCCAGGUAAUGAGGAGUGACAAGUUCUCUCUAUAUUGAUUGCUUGUCUGACACACUGGUGAUGAUGGAUACAAGCUGUAAACACAAACAUAAAUGCUGAUUGGCUUCAAAGGGGGAAGAUUUAUUCUUUCGAACCCCACAUUAAAAAAAAAAAAAAAAAAAAAGAUGGGCAGUUUUCAUUUUAAAGGCAGAUUCUGAGUUAAAUUUACAUAAUUCCUCAGUAUACUGAGAAUUUUUUUUUUUCAGUCAGUGUAGUUACUUUAUAAUUCCUCAAAACCUCUCCAUGAGGCUCAGAAUGAGUUACAGGCAACAGCCUUUGCAGUAACUCUGGCCACAGAGUCAUUAGAUAAAACCUAAGGUCAGUUUGUUGCGUCGUCACAUUUAAAAUAUCAGACACUUCAGCUGAUGUCAUAUUAAAAAAAAAAAUAAAAAUAAGACACCAAAGCUCAGUUUGAAGUAUUCCCUUUUAAAUCUGAAGCUACAGCUCUUGCCUAUCACCUGAUUCAGUGAAAACGUAUAAAUAUACUCUAUGCAUAGGCUCCUGUUGCUCCCACACAUCAUGCGGUUUCUUUCAGGAGAGUGAUUGUGGUGCAUUUACUCAGCGUCCUCUUUGCUUUGUGUACUUUUUUUUUUUUUUUUUUGUUACAGUGACAAUGAGAUCCUAAAGUUGGCUGUAGAACCUUGAUGGACUUGUGUAUUCAAGGAAAACAUGAUAGGUUUCUGGGGAGGAGAUAAAAACUCCUAAAAAAGAAAAGAGGUUAAAGACUUGCUUGUCAUUUGCCCUUCCUUCCUCCCUCUUCCACUCCCUCCCUCCCUCGCUCUCUCUCUUUCCUCCUUUGUGUGCCUCCCACUGAUCAUUUCUAAGCCACACUGUCAGCAGCGCAUUUUCUCUCCUGAGGAACGAGUGUGUAGUAAUAUCAGAAAAGACCUUUUCUGUGAAGAAGAAUCGCUAGCGAGGGACAGUCGAGGGAGAGUGGCCUGGGAGUUGCCCUGACUCUUUGUGUGCAGCUGCAGAUCAGCGUGACACAUCGAUGGGAAAGAAUGGCUCGUACAGAAGCUCCUGGUUUGUCCCCUCAUCCAUCGAGCCCAGUUUCGUCUCCCAGCUCUCCACCUCUGUGGAUGUGCUUGUCGCCGUCUUCCUCAUCUUCACAGGUGUCUCUUCGGUGUUGGGCAAUGGUACAGUGCUGUUAGUCUACUGGAGAAAAAGACAGAAGCUCAGACCUCCAGAGCUUUUAACCAUCAACCUGGCUCUCUGCGAUUUUGGUUUCAGCCUCUUGGGAGCGCCAUUUUUCAUUAUUUCCAGCCUGUGUCACGCCUGGGUGUUUGGGGAAAUGGGAUGCUUCUGGUACGGCAUUCAGGGCUUCGUGUUUGGCAUCGGUUCUCUGCUCACCACCUGUCUCAUCUCCCUGGAACGCUGCCUGAAGAUUUGCUGCUUGAGAUAUGGUCGAUGGCUCGAGAGGCGUCAUGUGUACCUGGCCAUUGCCGCCGUGUGGCUCUACACGUUAUUCUGGUCCUUCUUGCCUGCUUUUGGCUUUGGAAGUUAUGGGCCCGAACCUUAUGGAACCAGCUGCACCAUCAACUGGUGGAGAAUGAGAUCAUCGGCAAACGACAGAAUCUAUAUUUUCCUCAUUCUGACAUUGUGCUUCGGAUUUCCCACGCUAGCCAUCAUCACGUCAUAUUUGGCCAUCCUGAUGACGGUCUACAGAUCUAAUCGCACUUUAGCAUCUAUCUCAUCCUCCUUUGUCAGACAAGCCAGCAAAGACCUGAGGCUUACAAAGAUGGCUGCAGUGGUGUGUGCCUCCUUCCUCCUGGCCUGGAUGCCUUAUGCCGCUGUGUCUCUCAUCUCUGCCCUCUUCCCCAAAGGGGCAGAAAGCCCUUUGCAGACUGCGGUGCAGGAGUCCAUUGGCAUGGCUUCUUCCUCUCCAGCAGCUUUAAAGAUUCUGGACGCCCCCUCGUUGCUCAACUGGACCGCCUCAGAAUAUUUCAGACAAUUUUACUACAGUCCCGAAGAGAAGGUGGAUAAUGCUGCCGAAACUAACCCCAGCUUAAGCAAGGCCACGCUCAGGCCCACUCCCAGCCCUCACUCAUACCCCAGUAUACCACAUGUGGUCACCUUGAUCCCUGUGUUGUUUGCCAAGUCACACUGCAUGCUCAACCCUAUAAUCUACCAGAUCAUGAACAGGGACUUCAGGGAUGAAGUCUAUUUGAUGUUGUUUGGCCGAGAGAAGGCAGAGAGGAGGCGACUGCAGAGCAGAGUGAAGGAUUUACCUGAAAGGAGCAUGAGCCUUUCUUACUACCAGAACUGGAGGGGAAGGAGCAGCCCCUUACCCCUGUCGGCGGAAAGAGACGACAAAGAAAAGACGAGUGGUGGUCGAGGAAGUAACGUCUCUUGGACUGGGCAUGCGUCAGCAGGGACUGGUGUAGUGGAUUUUGUCUCCGAGGACACGCGAGACAACAUGGAGAGACACUGCAGUAUAGAUGGACAGAAGACAAGAGGACACUUGAGAGGAUCCAGCACUCCCUCUGCCAGAUAGAUAGAUCGAUCGAUAGAUGGAUAGGUCUAAAAUGUCUGCUAUGAAGAGCACCAGUAAAAUAAUUUAUGACUUCUGCCCAAAGACAACUAUUGUUUUUCAUUAAUGCCUCUUAGUCAGUGAUGCUGAUGAAAGCCCCUAUUCUACCACAAACAUCAGUCAUAUUGGCCACUUAAAUAUAUACAGUGGAUAUAAAAAGUUUUUGUGCCAUUUUUUGUAAAUAAAUAAAAUAAAAAAUAA